AACAACAGACGACAACACAGAGCGAGUCGGGCCAGCUGAUCGCUCGGGUGCAGAGUGAGGCAGAGGUUAACCACGGGGUUUUCACGUUCAGACUCUCAGCACACAUUAAGAGGGGCAAGGAGGUGCAAUCAGAGGUUGUAUCCAGGCAACAUGCGGGAAUAAGGCAGUGGAAUCUAACGUGGGAGGAGAAGGAUGGAAAGGAGGUGCAAGAGUGAAGAACUGAGAAAGAAGGAUAAAGCAGGCAGUUGGGAGAAGAGGAAGAUAGAAAGGUGUAGAAAAGAAACAAAGGAGGAAUGUGGUGCUGUCGGCCCGCGUUCCAGCUACACCGAGGCGUGGGUCGAGAAGAAGUAAUGUCUUCUACUCUUGUUGAGACAGUCUCUAUCAACUAUGAGGAUUUCAAUGAGUCAUUCCUCACCUGUGGCACAUGCCUUUUCAAAUUAUGGACAGGUUCCUUCGAUGGAGGAGAACACACCCCAAAGCUGCUUCACUGCUCGCACACAGUGUGCCUUCACUGUCUCACAGGAAUUGUAGCCUCCCAUGCCAGGGACGAUGGCACAUUUCGCUGCCCAAUAUGCCGGGAAUCUAUACGAAUCCCCUCUGGUGGAGUGGCUGCUCUGCCACCAUCGUUCCUGGUUAACCAACUCUUAGAUCUCAUGUCAAGACAAAGAAGAGAAGUUAUACCUAAAUGUUCUACACAUGCCAAUCAGGAGCUGUUAUUCUGUGAGUCUUGUGACCUUGUCUUCUGUACUCAAUGUAGUAAUGGCUCCCACCAGGGAAGUGCAGCAAGUUACCAACAUACUGUUAUUCCACUUUCUAUUGCCAUCAAAAGAAUGUCGGAGAUCCUCUGUUACAAAGCAAAUGAAUGUUAUUCGAAGUUAAAUGAAGCCAGUGAUGCAGUGACAUCAGAGAUGCACCAGCUGGAUCAUGCUGUUGACAACACCUUUGAAGAUGUCAACAGAGCUUUCCAGGCCAUUAUUGACAUUAUAGAACAGCGGAGAGAUGCUGUUAUCAGCAAUGUUAAAAAGAUGAGGGAUGAGAAAAAAAAAGUUUUACAAGACCAACUUGACAUCAUUGAAAGUGAAAGACGCAAAGUCCAGCAAGAAUGCGAAGGCCUUCAGUAUCAAGUUGAAGUCCGGAAUAUAACAAAAAAAAUUGCCCAUUUAAAUACAAAAAUAGACUCACUUUCAACACUGGUUGAGCCACGAGAAAAUGCGUUUCUUCGUUUUGAGAGUCAGCACAAUGAGGCAUUUGAACACAUCCAGACUACCAUAGAAGACUAUGGCAGGGUGAUGACUAGCAAGACAUUCCCAAGCUUGUGUUUCAUGAAGGCCAAGAAAGCUAUGACUCACCUAAGGAGUGAGGUAGUGGUCUACACUGUGGACUAUGAUGGAGAAAGCCAGACAACUGGAGGUGAUCCAUUGGAGUCGGAAGUCAAGUCGGAGGGUGGAGAUCUGAUUGACAGCCAGAUUGAAGAUAAUGAAGAUGGCACAUAUUCUGUCUUUUUCACUCCAGAAAAUGGGGGGAACCAUAGUGUGGCAGUGAAGAUAUUUGGCAGGCCUAUAAAGGAGAGCCCACUCAUUGUUGAGGUCUUAGAUGAACACAAUCCAGAUAUUGUUUAUGGGUCCCGUGGCUCUGGGAAAGACCAGUUUCUGCAGCCUGUGGGGAUCUGCAUUGAUGACAAUGAAUAUAUGUAUGUAGCUGAUACCGGGAAUUCUAGAAUCAAGGUUUUGAGUCCACAGCUGAAGGAAGUGCAGCAUAUUGUAGGGGAUGCCCUAGAAGGUAGAAGUGUCACAGGUAUAACGAGGACACCCAGUAGCUCACUUGCCUUUGUCAACUGGAGAAAAAAGACUAUCACAGAAGUCACGUCUUCAGGCCAGCUUCUGUCACAGUUUACCCACGACCAGUUAAAAGAACCUACAACCCUUGCUGUAAACUGUGAUGGAGAGAUUCUAGUUGCAGAUAAUGCAGCCAACUCAAUCUUUGUCUUCCUACCAGGAGGGAAAUUAGUGAGAAGAUGGGGGGUUAAAGGAAACAAACCAGGCCAGUUGGGAUCAAUAGCUGCAUUGUGUACUGGACCAGAGAAUGAAGUAAUUGUUGCAGAUUCAAGAAUACAAGUGUUCUCACCAGAAGGGCAGUAUGUACGCACCAUUUUCGAAACUAAAGGUAAAGGACCAAAGGGGACUUAUGGAGGCCUCUUUCUUGACCCAAAGGGCUUAUUGCUUGCCACCAGACAAGAACGCAAUAACUCCUGCAUCCAGGUAUUUGACUACAUUCUUGGAACUUUAAUAUUUACAAUAGACUCUAGAGAAGCAAAAUUAAAACGGCCAUCAGGAUUAGCCACGACUCAGGAUGGUUAUGUGAUAAUUGUUGACCUUGGCAAUGAUUGUGUCAAGAAAUUCCGGUACAUGUAGAAAUGGAUUCAUAAUACAUUGGAUACACAUAUUUAAAAUGGAUUAAUUGGCUUUGUUUUUGUUUAAAGAAUGUUGAUGAUAACUAUCCAUGUACAGAACUGAGUGAAAGAGAAGUCAGUUUACUCCAAAACAGAUGUUACAUUUGAAUAUUUCAUAUCACUGUUCUUGAACAAUGAGAUUUAGUGAGGAUUAUCUUGGCAAGAGUUGGAUUUCAUUGGUUUUAUAAUGAUGAUGUUGUUUUGUGAUAUUAACUUUAUUUCCUCAUUUGGUUGGUACUGAAUCAUAAUUUCAUCAUUAAAUUAUGUGCUGUAUUCAUUAAUUAUAAUAAUAGAGAUUAAGAUGGUAGUAGUCAUAUCAUUCAUUCUUAUUUUUGUAUUAAAAGUGACAUUGUCAUAAUUGGUGUUAUCUUUUCAUUUUCACAGAUUUAAAUUUUAUUCAUGCUUUUGAUAUUUACACAUUUUAUUUAUAAUGAACUGAAAUUCAAAAGUACUUACAAGCUUUAGGAAAUUGUGUUGACAAAAAGUACUUAAUAUUUACCACUGUACUUAUUGUAUAUCAAGCCAAGGUUGUGGACCAGCAGAGCAUAGCAUUUUUUUAAGUCAUUGGAGACUAGAAUAUAGAAAAAGGACUAGUAAGCUACUGAAAGUGCAAAGGGAUCAUUAUCCUCUUCUUAAUUUGUGUAUGUACUUAGGAUUUUCUUAUAUGUACAAGGAUAUGAACAGAAAUGUUUGUCAGAUUUUCAGAAAUAUUUUGUAGUUGAUUUUGAAUGAGAUUUUUCUGUACAGUGGUCAUCAGAAAAGGAACAUGUACACUAGAUACUUUGCAUUAUGUAUUACAUUUUUAUUAACAUAAUGUUACAUAUGAUGCAGUAUACACACACACAUAACAGUAUGUGAUCAAUGAAAUAUUGAUGUUUAACCCCCUCUACAAGGGCUAGAGUUCAUAGUGCAACACUCACAGAUGGGCAUAUUCUUGAAAAAAAAUCUAGAAAAAAAAUAUUUUGCCUUCUCAAAAUAGUAAUUGUACAGUAAAGAAUAAAAAUAAAGUAUGAACUUUGGUAGAAUUGAGCUUCCAGGUGACUGAGCAGCCGUGAAAAUGUCAGCAGGCACACUAACUCAUCCCUGAGCACCAAGGGGAGUUGACUGUGAAGAGAUAAGGUAUGGCAGAGAUUACCUAUACACACUAUCUGGCAAUUUUUCCCAGUUCCCAAUUCAAAUAUGUCCAGGAAACUGUAAAAUGUCUUAGAAGGAGAUUCAUCACUGCAUAUAUGCACGUUUUAAAAUGGAACCUGGCCAUGAAGGUUUUAGGGAUGCCACUUACAUAGUUAUAUCAUGUAAUGCUGGUUUAAAAGAGACCAAUUUCAGAGACCAAUUUCUUAUGAAAGACCAAUUUUUUGAGAGUAAGGCCAUUGCAUAUUAUCUAUUUAAAGAAUACUUAACAAACAUUGAGUAGUGAAAUCAACAUUUUCCUGAAAUAAUGAAAGCUUUUAAAUCACCCAACAUUUGCAGAAGAGCUUUUCCUUUUAUUUUGCAUGUUUGGCAACUUAAUACUUUGUUUGGAGCUAAAUCUCAGUAGUGGUGAAGAAAGUUGGCUAUUUGUUUAAUAAUCCAUUAAAAGAAGUUCCCUAUAAGAACAGCAUUAGUUAGUAACUUAUGACUGUCAGUAGAAAUAGAAAAUAAAAUUGUUCUGGGAGAACAUCUUUAAUAUCUCAGGUUUAAUAUUAUGCAUAUCAAGGUUGCCCAUUGCAAAGAAAGCCUGUUGUGCUUUCUUUGUUGUUAAACACAGAAGCCUAUGAUCAAAUAUAUGAAAUGUAGAAUUUUAAUACCUUUUUUCUCUAGAGUCAAAUCUCCUUAUAUUCAUGUUUUUAAUGCUUUUAGGAAAGAAAGACUGAGUCUUACAUAAAUGGGCAGUUUUCCAAAUUCCUUGAAAAUUCCUAGUGUAUGUAAACUAGAUAAAGUGUUCACACUGUAAGUAGACCACCUACAGAAUUUCUACCCAAUAUCUCGCCAUUAUUCAUAUGUUCCCAGGAUUAAACUUAUAGAAUGGUCAUGGCAUGGUGUAUUCCAUUAAGGUGAUAAAGCUGUGUGGAUGAUAAUGAAUACAACUCAAGCUAGCACUGAAGCACUAUUUUUUCUGUUUUAGAUAGUAGCUGCCUUGGUACUCCUAAGUUCUUUGGUUUAGUCAUUACAUUACUAGUAUCCUUAGGUCUUUCAUUUAAUUAAUUCCACUAUAAAACUACUGUGGGUUCUCUUUUUAUAUUUGAAUACUUUGAUCUCAUGAAUGCUUUAGCAACCUGAGAGAAGUCUUUGUGGUAAAAGGUAAGCAUUGCUAUUUUUUGACACUUCAACUUCUGGGUUUUCUAUUCUCCAGAUACACAUUUCCAGAGAGAGAUGUAAUUCUGAAUGCUUUUUUUAUGUAGUUGCUUUUGAGUAUAUUUGCCCAGCAUUUUAGAAAAUUAUCAUAAUUGUUGAAAGUGUUUGGAAAUUAUGCUUUUGCUGCAUUAUACUGGAGUACAAAUGUACUGUAAGUUAAGUAUUAGUUUUACUAGUACUUAAGUAUAAACUAUUGCCCUUUGGGUAC